ACAGCCGCAUUGUUGUUGAAGACGCUCCGGAGAUUCCAGAUCACCUGAUCACCGCGAUCGAUCCUCCUGAUCGGUCCUGAUCGAUCCUCCCGGUCGACCCCCGGUUAUCCCCACCGCAGCGGACCUCCUGAGCCCGGCCCCGGCGCCCUGGAUCCCGGUCCCGAGCAGCUGAGCCCAGAGCUGGAUGUAACGGCCGCUCCGCUCCGCAGGCCGCCAUCGCUCCUCUACCAGCUACCGUCUGCUCUCCGGGUCUUUACGGCUUCGGCAUGAGGAAAAAAGGUCGACAUCAGCGCCCGGCGGUGCUGAAGAGAGCGUCCUCGCCCAUCAAGCCGUCGCCCAACCGCGAGACGCUGACGUACGCUCAGGCUCAGCGGAUAGUGGAGCUGGAGGUGGACGGCCGCGUGCACCGGCUCAGCAUCUACGACAAGCUGGACGUCAUCUCGGACGACGACCCCACGGCUCAGGAGAUCAUGGAGUGCAACAGCAACAAGGAGAACAGCGAGAAGCCCCAGCAGGUCCUGGUGCGCUCCGUGCGACUUAAAAACAGCCAGCAGAAGAAGAACGCGGCGCUGACGUCGUCGACGCACGGCGGCGGCGGCGGCGGCAGCCACGGCAGCUCCGCCGGCCUGCUGGAGGCCAAGGUCAGAACGGUUGAAUAUAAUUUACCGGUGGUGCCGCGGAGGCCGGUGACUUAUUACAAAUACACAGAGAGGACGGCCGAGGAGCUGGACGAGGAGGUGGAGUACGACAUGGACGAAGAGGACUACGCCUGGCUGGAGCUCAUCAACGAGAAGAGGAAGAGCGAGGGCAUCAGCCAGGUGUCCAACCAUCUGUUUGAGUUCCUCAUGGACCGCUUCGAGAAGGAGUCCUACUCGGCCACGCAGGGUCAGAGCGACCUGCAGUCCCUGGUGGACGAGGACGCCGUCUGCUGCAUCUGCAUGGACGGAGACGGAGCCGACAGCAACGUCAUCCUGUUCUGUGACUCGUGUAACAUCGCCGUGCACCAGGAGUGCUACGGCGUGCCCUACAUCCCCGAGGGCCAGUGGCUUUGCCGUCACUGCCUGCAGACUCCGGCGCGGCCCGCGGAGUGCGUCUUCUGCCCCAACCGAGGCGGAGCGUUGAAGAAGACGGACGACGACCGUUGGGGUCACGUGGCGUGCGCCCUGUGGGUCCCCGAGGUCGGGUUCUCCGACACGGUCUUCAUCGAACCCAUCGACGGCGUCCGCAACAUCCCGCCGGCGCGCUGGAAGCUGACCUGCUACCUGUGUAAGGAGAAGGGAGCCGGAGCGUGCAUCCAGUGCGACAAGAUCAACUGUUACACCGCCUUCCACGUGAGCUGCGCCCAGAAGGCCGGCCUCUACAUGAAGAUGGAGCCCGUCAAAGAGCAGACGGCGUCCGGCACGACGUUCUCCGUGAAGAAGACGGCGUACUGCUGCAGCCACACGCCCGAAGGCUGCGACCGCCGGCCGCUCGGCAUCUACGAGGAGCCGCACCCGAAAAACGGAGCCUGCCACAAGAGGGCCGACAAGAGGGGGAAGUCCCGCGCCAAAGGCUGGCAGAAGAAGAAGAGUAAAAGAGCGGAACCAGAACCGAAGCCGGAACCAGAGACCCAGACCAACUGUGGGCCCAGUAUCACCGCCUCAAGCUAUGACACCAUCCUGAACCAGGUGGCGGUCCAGAGGAAGCGGCCCUUCGUGGAGCGCGUGCUGAGCUACUGGGUCCUGAAGCGCCAGAGCAGGAACAACGUGCCUCUGAUCCGCCGGCUGCAGUCCAACCCGCAGCCGCCCAAAUCCAAGCAGGCGGAGCGGAUGGAGACCAACCAGGCGCUGAAGGAGCAGCUGAAGGAGUGGCAUCGCCUCCGCCACGACCUGGAGAGAGCACGACUGCUGCUGGAGCUCAUCAGGAAGAGAGAGAAGCUGAAGAGGGAGGAGAUGAAGCUGCAGCAGUCGGCGUUGGAGGUCCAGCUGACCCCGUUUAACAUCCUGCUGAGAGCCGUGCUGAGUCAGCUGCAGGAGAAGGACCAGUACAGCAUCUUCGCUCAGCCCGUCAGCAUUAAGGAGGUACCAGACUACCUGGACCACAUCAAGAACCCCAUGGACUUCUCCACCAUGAGGAAACGCAUCGACAGCCACGACUACCGGAGCCUGGACGACUUCGAGGCCGACUUCGACCUCGUCAUCGCCAACUGCAUGAAGUACAACGCUAAGGACACCUUCUUCUACCGGGCGGCGCAGCGCAUGCAGGACCACGGCGGGGCCAUCCUGCGCCGCUCACGCAGAGAGGCGGAGCGGAUCGGCUUCGACUUCCCCAGCGGGCUGCACCUGCCCGAAGCCCCCAAACUGGAGGCGCCGCCCCACUUCUCCUGGGAGGAAGUGGACCGCCUGCUGAGCCCCGCCUACCGCCAGCUGACCCCCCUGGAGGAGCAGCUGAGGGAGCUGCUGGAGAAGCUGGACCUGAGCACGGCGAUGAAGCACAGCCCCUCCCGCAGCAAGAGGCUCAAACUGCUGAAGAAGACCAUCAUGGAGGUCCGCAGCGAGAUGAGUUUAAAGAAGUCGCUCCCACCGCCGCGCCCGGCCCCCCCGGAGCCCGAUCCCGCCCCCACCGAGUCAGAGGAGAAACCACUACCUGAGCCCCCGGCGGAGCCCCCGCAGGACGAGUCUUUACCUCCGCCGACGAUAGAGCCGCUAACUUCGCCGUCGCAGCUCGACACCUCGUCCGGCGACCCGGAGCCCCCCCCCCUCAGACCCGUCAAAUCCGGCGCAGACCACACUCCCAUGGAGCUCGACGGCGACGCCGACACGUCUACCUCACUGCCCCCCGAAGGGCUCAACGGUCUAACCCCAGACACGCCGCCGCGCUCCGAGUCCUCCGCCGCCUGCAGCCGACGGAACAACGUCCUCUUCCGAAAGUCGAAGAGCGCCAGCCCCCAGAAACCCCCCAAAACCCCAGAGGCGUCCGCUGUGAGCCCCCCACCCCUGGGUGCCAAAACCUUCCUGUCGGUGGUGAUCCCUCGCCUGGAGACGCUCCUCCUACCCAAAAAAAGAACACGCAGCAGCAGCGCCGACGCAGACGAGGACGAAGAGUCGCCCAUCAAACGCCUGGGCACAGGUAUAGCGAACGGUUUCGUGGUGGAGAAAGAGGAAACCUCGCCGUCGCCUCGCCAGCUGGAGCCUCGCCGCCGCUGUGCCUCCGAGUCCAGCAUCUCCUCCAGCAGGGGCGUCCUGUCCAGCACCGUCAUCGUGUCUAAAGGCGGGAAAGGUCGUCUGGCGGCGGCUCGACGGAGCACCGUGGACGACAAGAGCAACCUGAUGACCUGCAUCGAGAACGGAGAGUUAAUCAAAGCCGCCGCCGCCAUGUCCUCAGGUGAGCGCCGGAGUGUGUGGAAGUCCACCGCUGCCUUUCCAUUUGUUCUGGAGCCUCUUAAACUAGUUUGGGCUAAGUGUAGUGGAUAUCCCUCCUUCCCCGCCCUGAUCAUGGACCCCAGGGUGCGGAGGAUGAGGGGUCGGCACAACGGGGCGGAGCUUCCCCGCCCGCCGCCGGACGUCCUCAAAGCCGGAGAGCGGAUGCAGUUCAGGUCCGCAGAGAAACUCUUCCUCGUCCACUUCUUCGACAGCAAGCGCAGCUGGCAAUGGCUUCCUAGAUCCAAGAUGGCGCCCUUCGGGAUCCAGACGCUCGACAGAGUCAAGCUGACGGAGGCUCGUUCCUCCGGCCUCCGAAAAACUGUGCAGCUCGCCUUCGACCGAGCCGUCGACCACCUGAACCGUGUCCAUGGCAACGAGCCGGAGCCGAGCACAGACUGAACCCAAACCCCCCCCCCCCAUACACACACACACACACACACACACACACACACGAUAUCCUCCCGUCAUCCACCUCUCCUCUUUGAACUCCAUCACUGCAGAGACGCACAACACACACACACACACACACACUCACACGCACACACACACACAUAAACAUACUGUAGGUGUCAUGUUUACCAUUUCCUGCAAACUGGAACCCCCCCCGUCUCAAAUACUGUAGCUUGUGACGGCCAUCUUGAGCUAUGCAAUGACUCGACUCGGUUAGCGGGUGAACACAGAAGAAGAAAUAAUAAUCACAUGAUCCACGCUGUGAGUCACGUGAUCCACGCUGUGAGUCACGUGAUCCACGCUGUGAGUCACGUGAUCCACGCCGUGAGUCACGUGAUCCACGCCGUGAGUCACGUGAUCCACGCUGUGAGUCACGUGAUCACGUGAUCC